ACAAGUAGUUUCCGUAGUUACAAACAUCGCCAUGCUUUCGUGUAAUUGAGGUUUUGUUAUGAUGGGAAUUUUUUGGGGAGUUAUCGCUGGGAUUUUUUUUGUAGUGUUCAUUUUUGCUAUUCGGUUAUUGAGUGUUGUGAGGAAUGGAUCUGAAUGCAAACCAGGAAAGAAUGGCUCUAUCAGUUUGCUCGUCGUCGCAGGAUCGGGAGGUCACACGACAGAAGUCCUGCGCUUGGUGGAGAGUCUCUCUCUUGCAUAUAGCCCCCGGCAUUACGUCAUCGCUGACACAGAUAAAAUGAGUGAAGACAAGAUCCGAACGCUGGAAACUUCGAAAAAUGGGAUGGAUGUACAACCAAAGUUCACCAUUCAUCACAUCCCUCGCAGUCGUGAAGUGCGUCAGUCCUGGAGCUCUUCUAUUCUCACCACACUGAAUGCUCUCCUGUACUCAGUUCCACUGGUCUUCAAGCUCAGGCCCGAUAUGGUGCUGUGCAACGGUCCAGGGACAUGUGUCCCCCUCUGUGUGGCGGGACUGCUCCUGGGGGCUCUGGGAGUGAAGAAGGUGCUCAUCGUCUACGUGGAGAGCAUUUGCCGAGUGGAGACCCUCUCCCUCUCUGGAAAGAUCCUCUACCAUCUCUCAGAUUACUUCUUUGUGCAGUGGUCAACCCUAAAAGACAAAUAUCCCAGAUCAGUUUACAUUGGAAGAAUAGUCUGAACUACCAGGGGGAAAAAAACCACAGUGGCUUUUACCGAUUCACUGCUGAAGCCCUAUAUAUCUGCUUCCUGGGGGUUGCCUGCUUAGCUGUGUAAUGAUGAUGUUAUUACAGCACACAGUACUCCUGUGUAAGGAGGCAUUUUAACCUUGGUUAAAUCUUCAGUUGAAUACUGUACAGUCUGUUACAUGUGUCACUAAUGUUACAUAUUCCAGACAUUAUUGUACACAGAAGGAAGAAAAUGGAUUAAAAAGUAAGUCAUGCUAA